UAAAAAUCCUGUUUCACACAUGACUUAAACCUCUGCCACGGCACUAAAGCUGUCGGCGCGUCCAGGGUGAAGAAGUCUUUGUCUGAAGGCGCUCUGAGACCCAGCGACCUCCUGGCCCAGUUUAAGCAGAUAGAGACGAGGAGCAGGAGUCAGGUACGGGCUGCUGAGCUGCUGGACAACACGGUGGAGCUGAUCAGAGAGAUGGUCUACACCAGCACCAUGAUUCAGCCCAACCCUUACGAGCUGCUGAGUGAUGCAGACGUGCAGAACCUGCUUCAGGUUUCCGGCUGCUCAGCAGAGCUGCAGACCCCCACCUGCCAGACUGACUGCCUGUCCGAGCGGUACCGGUCCAUCACAGGCGAGUGCAACAACAGACAACAUCCAAGAUGGGGAGCUGCAGACAUCCCGUACUCCCGCUGGUUGCCUCCAGAGUACGAGGACGUGUGGGGGAUGCCACGAGGAUGGGAAUCCAAUCACACCUACCACAACGUCAGCCUGCCCCCAGUGCGGCUCGUGUCACAGGAAGUGCUGUUCACUCACAAUGACAACAUCUCAGCAGACUCGACUCUGUCCCACCUGCUGGUGGACUGGGGGCAGUGGAUCGACCACGACAUGGUGCUCACGCCUCAGAGUGCCAGCACAGCCGCCUUCAAGACCGGAGCCGACUGCUCCCAGACCUGCAUCCGAGACACGCCCUGCUUCCCCAUUCAGAUCCCUCCGUCCGACCCUCGUAACGGCCUCCAGAGCUGCAUGCCCUUCUUCCGCUCCGCUCCCAGCUGCGGUGCUGGAGUUCCUCCUCACCGCCCCCGCGAGCAGCUGAACGCCAUCAGCUCGUUCGUGGAUGCCAGUAUGGUGUACGGCAGCUCGGCCGGUCUGGCCUCCGCCCUCAGGAACCACUCCUCCCCUCUGGGCUCCAUGGCUGUCAACUUCCAGCACUCGGAUGAGGGGCUGGCGUACAUGCCGUUCCUGCCUCGCCUGCAGGCUCACCUCGACCCCUGCGGCCCCCGAAACGCUGCCUCGCCGGGAACAUUGGACAGAUCUCCACACCAAGAGAAGCCACGUCGUGCUUCCACGCUGGUGAGGGAGGGAACGAAGUCGAGGAUCAUCUCCUCGCGGGUUCCAGAAGUUGCUGCUGUUCAUAAAUCUCGUUUCACAGGUGAUUCCAGAGCCAAUGAACACCUGGGGCUGAUCGCGCUGCACACGCUCUUCCUGAGGGAGCACAACCGACUGGUCCAGGAUCUGCACCGGCUCAACCCUCACUGGAGCCCCGACACCUUGUAUCAGGAGGCCCGCAAGAUCAUAGGAGCCGCUCAGCAGGUGCUUACGUGGGAGCGCUACCUGCCUCGGAUCCUUGGUGAGAACGCCAUGUCUCGUCUGAUGCCCCCCUACCAGAGCUACGAUCCUGACGUGGACCCCAGCAUCGCCAACAUUUUUGCAACUGCCGCGUUUCGUUUCGCCCACGUCACCGUGCAGCCGGUGGUGUCCCGGCUGGGGCCAGGGUACGCCUUGAACCCCCAGUAUCCCCCGCUGCCGCUGCACCACUCCCUUUUCUCCUCUUGGAGAAUUGUGCAGGAGGGGGGGGUCGACCCUGUGCUGCGGGGCCUGUUGCUGUUUCCGGCCAAACUGCAGACUCCCGGUCAGAUGAUGGUGGAGGAGCUGACGGAGAGGCUGUUCCAGGCGCAGGGAGGGAUGCCUCUGGACCUCGGGGCCCUUAACCUCCAGAGGGGCCGAGACCACGGCCUACCUGGAUACGGCUCGUGGCGAAGGUUCUGCGGCCUCUCCGUUCCCAACACCACAUCAGAACUGGCUGAAAUAUUGGCCAACUUCACUUUGGCGCACAAAUUCCAGCUCUUAUACGGGACUCCAGGUAACAUCGACGUGUGGGUGGGGGCGAUCUCUGAGCCCGCCCUGCCGGGGGGCCGAGUAGGCCCGCUCCUCUCCUGCCUUCUGGCCAAACAGUUCAGAGCGCUGAGGGACGGGGACAGGUUUUGGUGGGAGCGAGAGGGGGUGUUCACCAGCACCCAGAGGAGACAGCUGCACGCCAUCUCGCUGUCCCGCAUCAUCUGUGACAACAGCCACAUCACCCACGUCCCUGCAGACCCGUUCUCGCGCACCGACAGCCCGGAGGACAUGCUGGCCUGUUCCCACCCGCUCAUCCCUCACCUCGACCUCGGCCCCUGGAAAGAACCAGACACAGAUCCCGGCUGUGGUCCAAUACCCAGGAUUCACUCCGGCUACUCCCUGCUCUGCAACGCCGUGGUUCUCUACCAGUGUCGGUCCGGGUUCAAGCUGCUGGGUUCUUCAUCGGUCAGCUGUGAUCCAAACAGCCAGCAGUGGAGCUCCGCCCCACCGACAUGUCAAGAUGUGAAUGAAUGUGAGGAGCAGAUUCCUCCGUGUCCACCCUCCCUGCAGUGCGUCAACACAGCAGGGUCGUUCAUUUGCUCAGAAUCCUCUUCGCUGUCUGCCGUCUCCAUGGUGACGGCAGUGACGGUGGUGGUCGGUGGAGCAGCCAUGCUGGGGCUGAUUAUGAUCUGUUACCGGAGAUAUUUUCCAAAGACAGAAGAGCUCAUCCCUGCUGAAUGUUGCCAGAGAAGCAGUUAAUCAAGGACUCUCGUUGUUGUGACAUUACUGUUAACCUCUUCAUGUAUAAAAGUUGAAUAAAUAGCGCUGUGAGUAAUAAGUCAAAUCUCUACACGGAGGCCACAAAAAACGGCGUCUUAAGAAGCCUUUUCAAUCCGGAAACUAAAAUCUCGCUCCAAUUUUUGUUCCAAAACCGGGAUUUUCAGAGCAUAAAGCGCCUCUGAGCCGGCCGCGACUGAACUGUUCCCAGUUGUCCCUGGUCCAAGGUGACCGGGCGGCUCCCAGCACUGACCCCAUUCAGAACCCUGGCCAUGGGUUGAACUUGGCAACCACGAUGAGGAGAAAUGACACACGGCACCAAGGUCAUGGUCAGGCCACGAAGCCUGGAGUUUAAUGGAGUGUUUACGCAGGUAAUCAUCAUCACACCGAGGCCGUGGACCUCAAACCCAGAACAUACCAAACAAGCAUUUAUUGCACUAACAAUUCUUCAUGUUUACCAGCGAGAUUUCUGUAAAAAUGGAUGAUUCCCAAAUCUAAACUAUGAGGUAAUCUCUUUGUAAUAUGGCUGUUCAUCGCUGACGUAAACUACAUUGGAAACAUUGAAAUUACGUCUAAUAAAGCUUUU